AAUACCUCUUUUGCAACAUAUUUACAAAGAUGGUGAUGGCGAAAAGAUCUCUUCAACUCUCUUGUUUACUUGUUUGUUCUUUGGCCAUCAUCAAAACUGAAUGUACACAAGACUUAGAUUUUUACGAAGUGCCAAAAAUAAUUGUUAAAAAUGCUGUAUCAAAAGGAGCAGUAUGCUUGGAUGGAUCACCUCCAGCGUACCAUUUUGAACCAGGAUUUGGGGAAGGAGUUGGAAACUGGCUUGUACAACUUUCAGGGGGAGCAUGGUGCACAAGCAUCGAAGGCUGUCUGGAGCGUAUCAAGGAUAAUAAUACGGGUUCUACAAAUAUUAUGGGACCAUAUACAUUUCAAGGGAUUUAUAGCAAGAAUCAAACUGCAAAUCCAGAAUUCUACAAUUGGAACAAAGUGCUUGUCCGAUAUUGUGAUGGUGGAGCGUUCACAGGAAAUGUUGAAUAUGUUGAUCCUGCUACUAAUCUCCACUUUAGAGGAGCAAGGAUUUUUGAAGCAGUAAUGGAGGAUGUGUUGGCAAGAGGAUUAAAGAAUGUCAAGAACGCCAUUCUUGCUGGAAGUUCAGCUGGAGGAUAUCCAGCUAUGCUAUAUUGUGAUCGCUUUCGCAGUUUAUUGCCAAAUACUCAAAGAGUAAAAUGCUUAGUUGAUGCUGGUUAUUUUAUCCAUGUGAAGAACCCUAAGCAAGCAAAAGGCUUCGAAGAUAUCUUUAACUCACUUGUUACUUUACAUGGAUCUACUAAAGCGUUACCCAAAUCAUGCACUUCAAAAAUGAAACCAUUAUUGUGCCUCUUCCCUGAAAAUAUUCAACAGUAUAUCAAGACACCACUUUUCAUUACCAUGUCAACAUUUGAUAUUUAUCAGGUUUUAACUACUGUAGAAGAUCAUCUACACGACUUAAUUGAAAACGGGACAUUAACUGCAAGUCAGAAAAAAGCCUUAAGAGCAUUUAGGCCGGAAUUCUUAAGUACUCUACCUAAACCAAACAAUCCUAAAUUAAGAGGAGUUUUCAUUGACUCAGUAAAUCAUCAUACAUCACUACUGACAAGGUGGUCUCCUGAAAAUGCCACUAUGAUUAAUAACCUGAGUCUACCAAAGGCAUUUGCUGAUUGGUACUUUGAUCGGAAGUACUGGUAUGUAAUAGAUGAGCAUGACUUGCCAAUUCCUAAAAGUCAUGAGCAUGACAAUCAAGUCCCUAAAAUCCAAGAAGAAAUGCUAUAAAGAGGAUAAUCUUUAUGCAAGAAAUCAAAGUGCAUACAUGCAAUGUUUAGAAUACACAAUAUGUCAAAAUUUGUUGACAACUUUCUCAUGUCUUUGUAAUUGUUGCCAAUAUAAUUGGACUAGGAGGAUCACUUCAAUCAAAAUAGUGUUGCUUUCUUUUCUCCAUCAUGAAAUAAUAUUAAUUUUAUGUGCGGAAAUCAUGGGCACUAUUUCAUGUGUGCA